AUGGCGGCCUGUUCGCUACGAUGGUGUCGUUUCUAUGCGUUGGUACUUCUGAUUGUUGUCAACACAGCACUGUCCUUGGAUGUGCGAGGGAAACCUGCCGAACAGAGCUCAACUGCUCCGGAUGAAAACGGCCUUAGAUUUGAGGCAGGGAAGGCUGUGGAUGGAAACAUUACCAUAUUUUCAAAGACGGCGGAAAUGCUCAAUCCGUGGUGGCGAUUGGACUUGGAGGCUGUCUACUGCUUGAAGACAAUUACUAUCAUCAAGGGAGUCGGCAUGGACGGUGCUGAAGUACGUGCUGGGUUGAGUCCAGAUCGUUCACCCAACACAUUGAUAGGAACAGUCGGCGUACACCAAGUUACCAUAAUGACAGCUGUUCCUGUGGUCACUGCUCGGUAUGUGAGCGUAGACUUUCCCGGCGACAAUAAAAUCAUUAACUUGGCGGAAGUCACGGUUGAAGAAUUCGUGGAUGAAGAAGCUCUCACCUCAACUGUGGAUUUUACUUUCGUCGCUAAUCCUGCUCUCAUCAACUCGACUGGUGGCAAGGAUGUCGUCCUGACAGCAUACAAAGGUCCCGAUGACAUACCUGCUGGUGUCUCAUUUGGCCGUCAGUUGGCAACAGGUGGAAUGGAUGGACUUCCUCCCGGAUCAACCGAAGAAGACAAGCCGUCUUUGGAAUGUAAAGAGAGAUCUCUACGGUUACCUGCGGCGGCUGGGAUUAGCAGAGUUGGUGUCUUCUAUUUUGAAGGAAGAAGAGGAAGCAUCAACACCAGGAUUCAGAUCGUAAUGCUACCGAAUGAUAGUGUUCAGAUACGUCCAGUUCAGCGAACGCAGAUAGCAAACGUCGGAGACUCAGUUCGACUGGAGAUGCAAAAUGUGAAUGCCCAAAACACAAACUACAUGUGGCGGCAUAAUGGAAGUGACGUCAUCACAUCUUGGAAUGACCAGCUCAAUGUGACUAUUGAUGAUGUUGCUGUGAGUGAUGGAGGAGUCUACAGCUGCUUCGUAUCUGACCAGGAGGAUCAACAACUGCAUGGCAUCAUGAGACUGAUCGUGCGAGGUUGUUCUGAUGGAAGGUGGGGGCUACCAUCCUGUCUGAACCUUUGUCGACGGUGCUACAAUGGAGGCGUAUGUGAUGACAACACAGGAAACUGUGUCUGUGCUCCGGGUUUUAGUGGAGAAAACUGCGAACAAGUUCAUGGCCGUGAUGUCUUUGGCCAAAACGCUCGGCAUAGAUGCUCCGAUACCACCGAUCCACACGACGAUGCUUGCCGGGGUCGUUUGUUUUGUCUUCCUGAUCCUUACGGAUGCUCCUGUGCUGCUGGAUACGUAGGACUAAAUUGCAUGCAAGAGUGUCCGGAGGGGAAGUAUGGAGCUGACUGUAAGCAGACAUGUCACUGUGCAUCAAGUGAAACCUGCAGUAAGGAUACUGGAAAUUGCAGCAAUGGUACAUGUGCCAUACCAUACUUCGGGAUCAACUGUCAGUGUUCAAUGCAAGAUCCUUUCCCAGGACAAGUUAUAACAAGGUCAGUCAUGCAACGCAACAUUAGUUUCUCCUGGAGCAAAGUUGUUUGUCUAGGCAGUGAUUUGCAGGGGUACCAGUACAAACUUUCCCAGGCAAAUACCGGACCAUUGAUUAAGCCACCGACUAAUACUACGGACACCUCGACGACCAUUGAUGGAUUAACACCGUACGUAGAUUAUAACUUCCAAGUAGCUUUCUACACUACAAUGUCGACUGGGUCAUUCAGCAGCAUUCUGACGGUGCGGACCACAGAAGCAGAGCCAACAGCCCCUUUGAAUGUCAGCAUUACGACCGCUGAUAAUCAAUAUCUCGCGGUUGUAUGGACGGAGCCUGAUCCUCCACAAGGGAUCAUCACAAACUACGAUGUGGCCUAUUGGGUCGUGGGAAAUGAAUCAUCGAGAGUUGAUGUGUACAAUCGCAGCACAGCUAUACUGUCUUACCAACUGUCCGAUCUUGUUGUUAAUGUAACCUACUCCAUGCAGGUGCGAGCCAAGACGUCAGUGGGCGUUGGCCCGUGGAGCGAAGUCAUCAAUGAGACUGCAGUAGGAGUUCCUGGACAUGUGCAGAACCUUCAUUGGACAGAAAGAUCUGAAACCUCACUGACCAUCGCUUGGGAGCAGCCGCUAAACCCCAUGGGACCCCGCACAUAUUAUGUUGUGAAGAUCAGAGCCGUGGAGAAACCAUAUCAACCUGGAUUUACUGCAGGAGUUACGUACACCGAAUACGAAGCUGACAGUUCACCAUAUACCGAAGCGAAUCUUCAACCGGGCACCAAAUAUGAAUUCAGAGUUUCGGCAAAGAAUGGCAUACUUGUAGGAAUGCCUUCAGUCUUGGAAGUCUACACAAAACCACUGUCAGAUCCACCAGCACCAAGGAACCCGAUGACGUACGACAACGAGGCGACAGAGACUACGGUGACAAUCGGUCUCCGAGCCGUGCUCCCGGAAGAUGACACGUUUGUCGAAUCAUUCAUCGUACAUGUGAAGAAGGUCGAAACAUCAAGGAGAAGGGCGGCUCUCAUCGCUAACCAUUUCGAGGACUCUGCAGGUGAUUACAUUGCAGCAGAAAUGACUAAAGACAGCGUUCCUGACAAGUUUACAGUCGGUGAUGGGAAGGUGUACGGAGGCUACUACAACGCACCGCUAAAGACGGGCGUUGCCUACAGCAUCCGUGUCGGCUCAGUCAGCCAGGGAAACGAAAUGGAAGCCUCCGUGACUUUUUCGGAUCCGAUAAUAAUACAAACUGCAAGUUUGAAAGCUGGGAACUCAGUGGGAAUUGCAUUUGGCGUCAUCGUUCCUGUAUUGCUGCUUAUUGCUGUUGUUAUAGCAGUCGUCGUCUUCAAAAGACGAAGCAAAGAGACAAGACACCAACCUGAUACCAAUGGAGUCACGGCGCAGUCUACAGUUGAUCUGACAGAUGACUGCAUGCAAGAUGAGCCGACGGGAGCAUCAAAUGCCUACGCUGGCGUUCAAGAGGUAAAUCCGAGUAGUCCCCCUACACCUGCAGCAGAUACCACUGCACCUGCGACUCCAUCAAUCAAAAAGAAGUCUUUCAAGGCGCCACCACCAGUUCGUAUUGACGUCCUAGCUGAUUACAUCAAGAAAAAGGAAGCAGCUGGAGACGGUGGAUUCAAAGCUGACUACAAGACUCUUCCCAAUGACCAGCUUCACCCUUGGACUGUGGCGAGUAAACCAGAAAAUAAGAAGAAGAACCGGUUUGCCAACGUCAUCCCCUAUGAUCAUUCUCGUGUUGUGUUGACGCCUGUAGAGAAAGACCCACAUUCGGAUUACAUAAAUGCCUGCUACGUGGAUGGUUACAGCGAAACUGACAAGUACAUCGCAAGCCAGGGACCUAACAAUGCGUCUCUCAAUGACAUGUGGCGGAUGGUGUGGCAGAUGAACGUGGAUAAGAUUGUCAUGCUGACGAAUCCGGUGGAAAAUGGAAAGACGAAAUGUCUGCAAUACUGGCCGGAUACUGGGGUUACUGCAUACGCUAACAUCACAGUAACCAUCAUUGACGAGCAGACUUUCCUUGACCACACCAUUCGUCAAUUCAACAUAACCGAGGUCAAUGAAGAGGAAACACGACAUGUGAAGCAGUUCCACUACACCACCUGGCCAGACAUGAAACCCCCUGAAUAUCCCGCACCAUUGCUCAACUUCAUGCGAGUGGUGAACGCUGAACACAACGAAGGACGAACCAUUAUACACUGCAGUGCGGGCGUUGGUCGCACAGGGACGUAUAUCUGCCUUGAGUCCAUGCUUGAACAGAUAAAACAGGAGGGACAAGUCAAUGUUCUUGCCUUCAUCCAUCGCAUGAGACAAAAUCGGAUCAAGAUGGUUCAGACUCCGGAACAAUACAAAUUUCUCUUCGACGCCCUCCUUGCGGCCUCUCUGACUGGGGAGACUACCUACGAUAUGACAACCUUCCGCCGGCAGCUGACUUCUCUGAAAAAGAAGGAACCUGGAUCCAAGGACAAGGGCAUGGAGAAACAAUUCCAGCAUUUGAGUGAACUUCGAGUCAGUCGUGCCAGUGGGAGCAGUAAAGCGGGAAAGCUUCCAGAAAAUGUGGAGAAGAACCGCUACGAAGAUUUCAUUCCAACUGACCGAGCGAGACCAUUCUUGAUGACCAAUGCACAUGAAGAUGAUACCAACUACAUCAACGCACACUUCCUACCGGGCUAUCGCAAGAAGGACAGGUACAUCACGACCCAGAUGCCGAUGCCCAACACCACUGCCGACAUUUGGCGUCUGGUGUACGACCAGAAAGCCACUUGUAUCGUCAUGCUCAACCAUUUGGAUGAAGAAGACGACACAAUGUGUCGUUACUGGCCAGACAAAGGAAGCAUCGAAUUUGGACCUCUUGUUGUCAAACUGUUGCGCUCUACAACUCACAAGGGUGUGAUUGAGAACACGUUUUCUCUGCAAAACAAGACAAAGUCCGAGCCCGCGCGCAACGUCUGCCAGUUCCAAAUCCAAGACUGGCCGUCGGAUCAGGAGGUGCCCAGCUCUCGACAAGGAAUGUUCACUCUCAUGGAGCUGACUCAAAAAUGGCACGAGGAAAGACCACCGAUCGUGGUUCACUGCAUGGAUGGAUUGGGUCGCACAGCGGUGUACUGCACCUUGAUGUCUAUGACGGAACAGUUUCAAGAGGAAAAGGUUGCAGACGUGUUUCAAGCCGCUUUGCGCCUACGUCUUGUACAUCCCAGCAUGAUGUAUUCACUGGAUCACUAUGCGAUGUGCUACGAUGUGUUCCAGGCCAACUUGGACUCGUCCACUGUUUACGAGAACCUCCAUCUCAAACCAUGACUUAUUCGUCAUAUGACAACGGCACAAAACUCGCGACUCUUAUCAAGGUAGAUAUAACGGUGAUUGAAAAGGCUCCAGGUAGAGGAUCGGUUUUUCUGAUAAUGGCGGAAAUAAAUGUACAAAUUAAUCUAUUUUUCAUGCUUUAAAUGCAGACUGAGAAUAAUUAGGCCUACAGAAUAUAAUACAGGAAUAUCUCGGAUGAACUUUCCUGUGGCGUUUGUAGGCUACAAAUUGGCAUCUAUCGAG